AUGCGAUCGCUGAUCCUCUCCCUUCUUGCCCCUGCAUUUCUGAGCGUACACCAUCAUCCUCCCACAGCAGCUGCAGAGCCUCUCGGUUAUGCUUUUGCCUUGAGCCGUAUCCCCGAGACCGUUGACCUCUCGACCUACCACCGAAGGCGCGCCGCAAAGAUGAUGGGCGCAAGAGAGAUACCGAAGCGCGGGGACCUCGUCGACUACAACUAUGCCGUCGCAGGGCAUGCUGGCACGCUCUGCGACCCGGAUGGAGAGUUGUUCAUCAAGCCUUGUACCCAGCAGGAGGUGGACUUUUACAAUUCUGCAGCCGACGAACACCCCGACUUUGCGGACAUCAUGCCUGUUUUCAUGGGUACUCUAACCCUGAACGAUGCGACCGACAUUGCGGAUAUCAAUGAGCAAUUGCCCGUCGUCGCAGAUCACAUCCCGCAACAUCUCAAAGAAGAAGUCGUCAAGAUGGCCCAUAGCCUUCACCCCGAACCCCCGUCAGAACCAGAAACGACGCCUGACAACGUCACAUGGAAACCCAAUAAGGAUCGGAAAAUUGCCACGGACACGGCGCUCGUCUUGGAGAAUGCGGCCUACGGAUACAAGCAGCCCAACAUUAUGGAUAUCAAGCUGGGGACUCGCCUCUGGGCCGACGAUGCACCGCAGGAAAAGAAGAACCGGUUCGAUAAGAUCGCUGCCGAGACCACCCACAAGGACCUGGGUUUCCGGAUAGCUGGCAUGCGGGUUUUCAGGGGCUCGCACGACAAGGCCGAGCUCGACCAAGAGGACUACAGGAUCUACGACAAGGACUGGGGCCGCUUUACCGUCAAUGCCGAGAACGUCGUGGAUUCCUUGCGAAAGUUCAUCUUCAACGAGGCUGCCAAGGUGGACCUGGAACACGGCAAGGCCGUGGCGCAAGCAUUCAAGCGGGACUUGGAGCACGUCCGCGACGUGCUGGAGCAGGAGGAGAGCCGCAUGUACUCUGCCUCCUUGUUGUUUGUUUUUGAGGGAGAUGGCGAAGCCUUGAAGGUCGCCGUCGAGGAGUCCAACGAGACCGUUACUCAAAAGGAGAAAGAGGACGAGACCCGCGCCAAUAUCCGGGUGGACAGCGGUAUUGAUCUCGGCCCGGAUGGCGAGAUGGUUACCGGCGCUGUCAUGAGCGGCCAGAUGGUCCUUGCGGCCGACGUGGACGAAGACGAUGAGAGCGAUCUGGUCAACCUGCCACGGAUUUACGGACUGAAGCUCAUCGACUUUGCCCAUGCAGCAUGGGCACCCGGAGAGGGACCCGAUGAAAACGUGCUCAAGGGCGUCCGGAGUUUGAUCAAGAUUUUCGAUGAAUUGUCACAUGAACAGCCCGCGCCGUCGGCCACCCGCACGAUCAGGCUCCAGCGCUUCUGGGAGUGGCGCUUCCAGGUCUCUUCGCCGCCCAUCACCGUGCGCCUGCUCUCGGGCACCGCCGAGCGCGACGGCACCGAGCUCGCCCUCAACCAACCCUACGUCUUCUCCCACACAAAGUCCAAGCUCUUCACGUGGCAGGGGUGCGAGGUCGAGGUCGACGGCGCCUGCGACGAGCACGUCGCGCAGCUCGGCGGCGGCGACGGCGACGGCGACGGCUCGCCCAUGGUCAGCUACAUGAACCUGCACCUGCUGCUCGCGGCGCAGCGCAAGGCCGCGGCGCGCGGCGGCCACGGCGCCCAGGGGCCCCGGGUCAUGGUCUGCGGGCCCCGGGACUGCGGGCAGACGGCGCUGUGCCGGACGCUGGCGGCAUGGGGGGUCAAGAUGGGCCACCAGACGUGCAUGGUCAACGCGGAGCCGCGCGAGGGCAUGCUGAGCCUGCCGGGCACGCUGAGCGCGGCCGUCUACGCGACGGUCGUCGACCUCGAGGGCGAGGGGUCCGGCUGGGGCGGCACGCCGAGCAGCGGGCCCAGCGCCGUGCCCGUCAAGCUGCCCCUCGUGUACUACCACGGCUACCAGCGGGCGCAGGACGACGCCGAGAGGUUCAAUGUGCUGGCGACGCGGCUGGCCGGCGCCGUGACGGGCCGGAUGCUGGAGGACCCGGACGUGCGCAGCGCCGGGCUCAUCAUCGACGCGCCGGUGGUGAACCUCGACAGGCCGGACGGCAUCGAGGUGCUGGCGCACCUGGUCGAGGAGUUCUCGGUGAACAUUGUCGUUGUCCUUGGCUCGGACGAGCUGAACCAGGCGCUCCUCCAGCGCCUCGCCGCGGAGAAGACGAGCCUCGGCGAGCCAAUCAGCGUGGUCAAGCUCGAGCAGUCGUCGGGCGCGGUGGAGAGGGACGAGGCCUUCCUGCAACACAUCCGGGAGGCGACGAUCAAGGAGUACUUCUUUGGGGAUGCCAAGAGGACGCUGAGUCCCCUGACGCAACAGGCCGACUUUGAUGGUCUUACUGUCUACAAGACGCCAGAACCGGCGUCAUCUCACCACGGCGGCCUGGAGAAAGUCGACAACCCAUCAUCUCUAUCCCACUGGACCCUAGCAAUCAUGAACGCAUCACCCCACGAUUCCACAGAGACCAUUCAGAACGCAACAGUCAUGGGGUUCGUCUAUGUGGCCGACGUCGACGCCGAGCGCCGCAGGUUAAAGAUCCUGGCGCCCGUCAGCGGAAGACUCGGCGACAGGCCUCUGGUCUGGGGCAGAUGGCCGGAGCCAUAUAUCAACUUGCUGGGCUGA